AUAGGUUCAAUUUCCUUGCGAGUAAAAAAUGUUGACCUCUAGGCAAACUCGGCCAGCGGCAUUUACGUCCGGCCCUGUGGCUCGGCGCGCCGCCGUGCGCCCGGCCCCGGGCAUGCGCGUUCGUGCUCGGCCCACUGCUGCUGUGCCCGUGCGUGCUGAGAUCUCUUACAUUAUGGUUAAACCCGAUGGUGUUCAGCGUGGCCUUGUUGGCGACAUUAUCUCACGUUUUGAGCGUAAAGGCUACAAGCUUGCGGCCCUGAAGCUCUACCAGACUCCUCGCGAGGUAGCUGAGGAGCAUUACAAGGACCUGAGCGCGAAGCCGUUUUACAAGGACCUCGUUAACUACAUCCUGUCUGGGCCUGUCGUGUGCAUGGUUUGGGAAGGCAAGGGUGUUGUGGCCACCGCCCGCAAAAUGAUUGGCGCCACCAACCCCCUGGCCUCUGAGCCGGGUACCAUCCGUGGCGACUUCGCUAUCGAAGUGGGUCGGAACGUCAUCCACGGCAGCGACAGCCCGGAGAACGGGGAGCGCGAAGCGGGGCUCUGGUUCAAGGAGGGCCUUGUAUCCUGGGAGCAGACCAUGACUCCCUGGCUCAAAGAGUAAAACUGCUCAGCUUACAUGGCUGUGGGCUGCCACUGUGGAUGGAUGCCGGGCUGCGAUGGCGGAUGCUGAGCGAGAAUGUGCUACGUCCCAGCGAGAGCUGACCCUUCAAGCGCUAGCGGAGUCGCUCCUUUGGAUGUCGAACCGUUUUUUCAUACGUGUGGAUACUUAAAUUCAGACCGCUUGAGGGGGUAUCCAUGCAUUUUUUUGUCCGGUGGCAUGGAUCCCGUACAUACUCUGCGCAUGGGGCAUCACGCUUGUAACGGUGUUAAUAUGUCG